AAAUAGCAAAGAGUGCAUAAUAAUUUCGCAUAAAUCAUUUUAAUCAAAUAAAUCUUUAGCUAUUCUAAGUUUAUUUGCAUUUUUGUUGCCUGGCAAAUAUUAUCGCUAAAUUAUUACACAUACACACAAACAACAGUAAAUAAUCAAUUUAAUGUGCUUGGCAGACUGGCAAUAAAUCGCUACAACUACCAACAAAACCAACAACAAUGAGCUAUGCAAAAUGCUAAAACUUAUAGGCUCUUUGCGAGUUGAUUUGACUUGCUCACGAAUAGCAUUAAUAAUGUCUAAUUGCUGCAACAAUCCACAAAAUGACUCAGAUCCAUUUAUAAAACCGCAACUUUGUACUACAAAUAUAUGCACAUACAAAAGUAAAUAGCGUGUGAUCAAAUUAGUAAAUGACUUUUGCACUUCAACGUUGAUUUAAUGAGUACAAAGAAAAAAUAAACAAAUGAUUAGAAAGGAAAGGAAAGCGCAUUAAUGCUACACAAAGGCAAUCACUCGUUGUGUUAAUUUGUUUAAAAUAAACAAGCGUUAAGCCAAUUCAGUAACGAUAGGCACUAAGCUGCUAUUCGCAUUGGCAUCAAAACAAAAAUCAGCUGUUUAUCAACAUAUGUGUAUAUGUCUGUAUGUAUAUGUGUGGCUAUGACGCUCUUUUGGCGGAAAGUUUGUUAUUAGCGUGCAAAUGAGCAAAGCAGCAACCCUCAGUUUUAACUACUCUCUAAUUCACAUGUUCUCUCUGAGAUUUUUAGCGCAUUGUCUAUUAUAUGAAUAUAUAUUAAUAAAUGUACAUAUAUGUAUUUGGUUUUGAGCAUUUUCUUGUCAAAAUUAUGCAGUUUGGUAUUUUUGCGCUUUUAUUUCUUUUUGUGUAACGUUAAUUCGGCAAUCGGGAGAGAAAGAGAGAGAGGAAGCGAAGGUUUUUAGCGAAAAACCAAAAAAACUUAACGCAGCAGUAUAGUUGAGGGGAUCCUGUUGUAAAUAAAAACAUUUAACAGUAUGUUUAAUAAUAAAAAAAAAUUUAUUUUAAUUUUGUUGUUAAAUAUUUCUUCCAUUUUUACUUAAUUAAAGUUAAGUUAUUUAGUUAAGUUAUUUUAGAAUUUAGUAAAUAUUUACGCAUUUUCUAUGUUUGACUAGCAAUUCCUUUGAAUUAUUGUAUUACUACUAUAAGUAUAUGUAUAGUAUUACAUAUAUAUAUAAGUAUACAUAACCCAUAGGUGACAGAUACUUAUACGCCCUGUGGGCUCAAACACGUAUUUUUGACGGUCGUUUUUUAUUAAUCAUACGCCCUGGCGACAUUCCUGAAUCCUUGCUCAAAACAAGUUAAAAAGAUUUUGCGUUUGAAGUGGAAACUUAGAAUUUAUUUUCUUUUAUUUUAUUAAAAUAAAUAAAUUUAAAGGAAGCGAUACGAAAAAUAUUUACAAAAUAAUAAAAUAAUUACUAGUAAAACCAAAUGUAAGCAAAGACAAAAUUAAAAUUUGUAUAGCUAAAAAAUUCUUAUUCAGAACAAGAGGAAAUAUUAACUUCAUUAAAUAAGUAAGUUUUCAUACAAGCAGUGCAUUUUGCUUGGUCAGUUUGUAUGGCAGCUAUAUGCUAUAGUGGUCCGAUCUAAGCAAUUUGUUCAGAGAUUAUUAUUCCUUACUUCUGAUAAUAAUACAUGCCAAAUUUCGUGUAGAUAUUUAUAUAUAUAUUUGAAUUGUGUACUAAUGUAUUUUUAUUUAUGCAAAUUCACAAAAGUAGCUUAUAAUUAGCAAAGUGGUGAUAAUUUUUAUUUCUUCGGAAGUACUUAGUGCUAUAAACACAUAUAUUUUUUAAGAAGAUAAACAAUCUCGGUGCUUUGAUAUGCAUUUGUUAAGUAUGCAAUAAGAAAAAUAGCACUUGUUAGACCUUCUCUUCCUAUUAAUGGGUGCACUUUGAUGCUGUCCGACAAAUCGAUGUUUAACGCCAAUUCUGAAAAAAUGAGUUUUUUUCAAGGAAGAGUACUUUUCGAGUGAAUAAAAUGUUCUAUGAUCUUAGUCUGUGUUAUGACUGAACACAGGUUCUGCAUAUGCCAAAUUAAUUCGGCCUUUCGUCAGGAAGAUCAAAAAAAAAGUUCUGAAACGGAAACAAACAAUUUCAAGUUGGAUUUUUGGCAUUCAAAAUGCUUCAUACAACAAACCAAUAGAUAUUCAAUGACUGCGCAACGCUAGGCUUCUUAGAAUAAUACAAAAAAUACAAAAAAAAAAACAAAUUCACAAACAAAAAAUUCUUGAUAAUUACUUUCCUUCAUAGCUUAUUAUUAAAUGUUUUCUAAAAAAAAAAUAAACUUAUAUACUAACUAUAAAUAUAAUAUCAUUAUAUAUAUAUAUAUAUAUAUAUAUAUACAGAUAAGUCGACAUGCACUAAAUUAUUGCAAAACCACACUAGCGCAAAUAAAAAAUCAUUCAAGAUGGAACGAUGGAAGCGUGCGGUCAGCGAACAAAGAUAAUACAUAUGGAACAAUGACGACAGCAGCAGCACUGACCAGCCAUACACACCCAACUAAACAAGUAUACUAUAUAUAUUUAAGUGUUGUAUAUGUAGUUGUUGGUGUGUGUGUCGCUAAUCACAAGCAGACGCUGCCAAACAGUCAGUUCGAGCGGACAGCUGUUGCUGCUUUCUCACUUCCAUUAAUUCCCGCCACCAUACGUCGGCUAUUGGAAUUUUUAACAAUGGCCAUCUAACAACACAAUGCUUAGAAUACUAUACAAAUUAUUUGCUUAUUUUGCUGAAAAACGAAACUUCGAUGUUUCAAUAUAUUUCAGUUCGUUCGGGAGCCCGGUCCAGUGCACAAAAGUGCAAAGUGGCAAAAAGGCGAAGAGACACUAGACGGGAAUAGCUGCUAAAUAUACGAUCGCGCGAAAUUUGUACGUGAUUAUGUGAUUUCAAUUAAAAUUUCACGCGAUUUCAGUAAAAAUAAAUAUCCGCAAAUUUGGCACUUUAUGUUGAAGGCAUUACUAAAUUUUUUAACUCCAGCGUACCUACGUGAUAGUUGAGAAAUGUGGUAAAUCAAUAAUAAAAUAAAAUAAAUCGAGUGGAGAUUACUGAAAGUGCAAUAAAUAUUUAAUUUAAAACACAAUUCCUGCGCGCCGCGCACCAUUCACAUUAAAACCACUGCGCAAAUACAACAACGUUUACUUACAACACACCAAAUGCGUGCAACACAAAACGCUCCCACCCAAAUGUAUGACAAUGGUGAAAUAAUUACAAAAUCACUUAAAAACAAAACAUAUUAAACACGAACAACAAAGUGUUGCAAAUUGCUUCCUCUUCCCCAUAUUGGCAACAACAAUAAACCCAAACAACCACAAUGAAAUCGAUCUUUGGCGGCGCCAAACAACAACUCAGCAGCUGCAUGCAGCACGACAGUGAUGAUACACCGCCCGUUAUAUUGGUAGCAAACAACGACUAUAACCACCACCAUCAUGAAAACCACUACCAGCAGCAUAAUGGCAGUUAUCAAGUACCCGUAACCCGAAAUCAUUCGCCGCGCCACUACAGCCAGCCCCAUACGGAGCUAACAGAUCACAACAAUAGUCAGCACAACAAUAAUAACAAUGUCAAUAACAACUUUAUCACAGCCGUUACAACGCCCAUCACGGGCACGAGCACUUAUGAGACCUUACAGCGUCCCUUCAAGCACGAUCGUCGUCGCGGUCAAUGGUCAGCGACGGCAGAUUUCUAUUUUGCCUGCACAAGUCAUGCUUUCGGUUCGAUUAUCUUCUCGGAGGUGCCAGUUUAUGCGAUGAUUUUUGGUGGCGUUUUCUUUUUGCCGAUGUACUUGAUAGCGAUAUUUUUAUAUGCCAUUCCAAUUUUUAUAAUACAAACUUUCUUGGGUCAAUUCUCAACUUCGGGACUAAUUUCCGCCUUUCGUGUGGCGCCGCUUUUCAAAGGCAUCGGCUAUUCCAUACUGCUGCUAAAUCUCAUUUCGCUUGCCUACUAUGGCAUUGUGGCAGCUGUACCGCUUAUCUAUGCUGCCAAUUCCGUGCACACUGUGAUACCGUGGAUGAGUUGUGAUAACGCGUGGAAUACGCCCAAUUGUUCAACACAUUCUACAUAUGACGCGGAUGAGAUCUCGCUGGAUCCGCAUGCGACUGUCGAGUUUUUUCGAUACAUCAUUCUCACCGAUGAUAACACGCCGCACGAGUAUGUGAUAUCCUGGCCUGUGCUAUGUGGUGUUGUGGGUGUGUGGCUGCUCACACUCGGCAUAUUGCUGAAGCGCAUCUCAUUUAUUGGUAAAUUUUUUCGUUGUAUAUGCGUCAUUAUGUUUGCCAUUUUUUUGGCGAUAUUUCUGCACCUUAUCUGCUACAUAAGACUUGACUGGGACACCUUCGUGGACUACUUUAAACCAACGUUGCAGAGCAGCUUUAGCGGAGUUUUGGGUGGUUUACGCACAGCGAUUUUCAUGUCCACCUGGCUAUUGGGUCCCGGUUGGGGCAACGUACUCACACUAGCCAGCCACAAUCGCUUUCACCGCGACAGCGAGAAGCUGACCUACUGGGUGAGCGGCACACAUGUGCUGCUCGCUUUCAUGGCGAUGAUUUGUGGGCGUAUCGCUUUCGAUCACUUCGAAGAUCACGUGGGCUUCCUGCAUUUUCAUUUCGAUGAGGAACAUUAUAUGCAAUUUCUUUACCUCUGUUUUGCAUAUCUAUUCGGCAGUUUUACGAGCUUACCGAACUUCUGGUGUUUCCUCUUCUUCAGCAUGAUUUUUCUAGCGGAACUAAGUGCAAUUAUUAUUCAAAUGAUGUCUGUGCUGACGGCUUUAUUUGAUGAGUAUGAGCAAUUAAGAACAAAGAAAUCACGCAUUACAAUCGCUUUGACACUGCUGAUGUUGACUGUGUCAAUUUAUUUUUGCACCAAGAAAGGCUUUGAACAUCUGGACCUGUUACCUAAUAUUGUCAUACUCUCACAUUUGAUGAUCUCUUUCGUGCUCUUAUUGAUGACCACAUGGAUUUAUGGACGCGAACGGUUUCAGUGUGAUUUACAAUUUAUGUUGGGAAAAACGAUUUCGAGUUUUAAGAUAUUUCUAAUACGCUUUCUAACGCCCGCGUUUUUUGUAUUGAGCAUUAUUCAAACGCUUUAUUUUUUGGAGCGUGACAACUCACCAACUGCACUAGUUAUCGUCAGUCAAUGUGUGAUAUAUGCCAUAGCACCUGCCUAUAUGAUUUAUAAAAUUUGCCAAACCAAUGGCACAUUGCGUAAUAGACUGAAACAAUGCUUUGCACCGCACGACUGGCAUCCCGUCGAUGCUGAUAAUCGCCGCUUCUACGAGGAGAUUAUGGGCGUCUCGGAAAUGCUAGUAAUGGAAGGCGGUGAAGAGAACUGCGCUGUGAAUGCUUAAAACUAUAAAUAUUACAAGCAAACAUGCAUACAUACAAACACACUUAUUUAUAGCAUACGAACAAAUAAAUUUAAUAGUCAGAUGAAACGAAAGAUGUUUAGAACAUUUCGUGAGUUUACAUUUUUAAGCUGGUAAAAUUUAUAAACUAAGUUAGUUAAAGCGUCUUCUAUGAGUCUUAAAAUCUUAAAUGAGUUUAGUAAAUAAAACAAUUUCCAUAAUUAAUUUCUACUUUUAAUUUUCAAAAGAUUUUCUUUUAAAUGAACGCAUUUAUGGAAUCAGUAAAACGGGAUUUUCAUUGUUUACAGUUAACUUAACAAAUAAUACGAGAACAACUAUUUUAAUUAAUAAAAUAUUAUAUAUCUAAAAAUUUAUAAAAUGAUCAUAUGAAGCCAUAAAAAAUCUUAAAGCUCUUUUAUACUGACUGAACAUUAAGUAAUAUUAUAUAAUAUCAAGUUUGAGCGUAUGAUUCGCCUAUAAAAAUGAUACAAAGUUAUGCUGUAACUUGAUUGAUUAAGACAGUAGGAAAUUACGCAUGUAUGUAUGUAUGUAUGUAUGUAUGUAUGUAUGUCUAGUGGUCUACAUGUAAGCGCUUUUAUAUGUUAAACAUUUUAUGAAAAUCCAAAUCUAUAUAUACGUACAUAUGUAUGUAUGUAUGUUAAUAAUAAGUAUGUAGGAGAAUAAAUAUUAUCGGAAUGCUUGUAGUUUUUUAAGCUGCCUUUUUUAUAAGAGAUUAUAUGUCAAUUUAUAUACACACGAACUAAUUAUAUUAUACCGAAGUGAUAUAACAAUUAAGAAUACUCGAUGUUCAUACCAAUGCAAGAAUGCAAGUUUAUGUCUAGAAUAUACAUAUUUACUUGUAUGUAUGUAAUUACAUACAUGCCCAAAAUGUAUACGUAAGUUCAGAUAUCAUGGAACUACUACAGUUAUGUACAAUAUUUGAUUACGAUAUGUAGACAUUUUGAAAGUCGUAAAGGCUGAAAUAGAUUUGAAAUGCGCAAAAAAAACAUUGAAA